AUGCGUUUCGGUUCGGGCAGCUACGACGUUCGUCGAAGCGAAGGACUCAACCCUUCACUGUUGACAACAGCCCGCCAUGAGAUCACAUGUACGGUAGCGUUUCUGGAUGGCACCGAGCGUCAAUUCCAAGUAGAUAGACACGCCCACGGUUAUGUCCUGCUGGAUAAGGUUUUCGCACAUUUGGAGCUGGUUGAAAGGGAUUUCUUUGGGCUACAGUUUCUUUACGUUCUUGGCACCAAGGAAACUCAGAAGCGAUGGCUCGAACCAAACAAAUCGAUUCGGAAACAAAUGCUGUGCCCUCCGUUCCACCUCUGUUUUCGAGUGAAAUUUUACGUUAGCGAUCCGAGUAAACUCACUGAAGAAUACACCAGGUACCAUUUCUUCCUACAGAUUCGCUUAGAUAUUCUCGAAGGCCGGCUUCGAAGCACGGAAGGAUCUCUUGCACUUUUAGCGAGUUAUGCCGUUCAGUCUGAACUCGGUGACUACAAUCCAGAAGAUCAUCCGGAAGGUUACCUUAAUCAGUACAGAUUCGCUCCAGGACAAACAGCCGAUUUCGGGAAGAAGGUAGCGGAACUGCACGCUAUGCAUAGAGGUCAAACCCCAGCGGAGGCUGAGUUCAACUUCCUUGAUCAUGCGAAACGGUUGGAUAUGUAUGGAGUGGAACUUUUUCCAGCGAAGGAUGGUAAAGGUCUUCCUAUAGGGAUCGGUGUGAACUCGUACGGAAUGGUAAUAUUCCAUGAAGGAUCAAAAAUCAACGAAUUCGCAUGGGCGACAAUAAUGAAGAUCAGCUUCAAAAAGAAGCAUUUCUAUGUGCAAAUCAGGCUCGGCGAUCAACAUACGCCCGACACGGUGCUCUCGUUCCACGUGACGUCGUCGCCGGCGUGUAAGCUGCUAUGGAAGGCUUGCAUCGAACAUCACACCUUCUUCCGGCUUAUCGCCCCACCGAUCGCACCAACUCGUGGAUUGUUAUCGAUUGGUAGCAAAUAUCGAUACUGUGGUCGAACAGAAUUUCAAACGAUGGAAGAUGUGAAACAUCGUGCACGAGUGGAACGUACAUUUCAAAGAUCUCAUAGUAAAACAUCAUUUCUACGAUCAACGUUCAGUGGUGUACCGUCGUGCGAUACGUCCCGAACGUUCACUCCGACCACAGCUUCACCGGAUAUCGCAUCUAGGAUUUUGAGUGUGCAUUCGAGGACACCACGACGAAUAAUGCCAAGCGAGGAUUCGGUACUGUUAAGCACACCACCGUUGAACGGUUACUGUAGCGAAGGGACACUUUCUCGAUCCAGAAGACCUGUGGUUGAAGACAGUGAAUCUUCGGCGCCAUCUCUACGACGACGACCUCGAGAAACGACUUUUGGUGUAUCCGAGGACGAUACGUCGGAGGAACGUAACUGGACACCUGCCAUGCAAGCAUGCACAUCAACAGCGGCCGUACACCAUCGACCUCCGAGUGGUGGGACGUCGACGACAUCACGCAAGACAAACGGCUUCCUCUCGAACGGAUGCAGUCAACCGUCAAGCGCUUACGGUAGUUAUUCACCGGCCACCGCCACGUUAUCCAACGGCUAUGUGAAUGGAACACUUUCUUCGAAACCACCGUUGAACGCCGCCAGAGCGUCACCGAGACUCACUCAGGGAUGUGGAGCGAGCCCUCGCUCAUCGGUUGCGAGUUAUUCUUCACAUACUUCUGGCAUAGGUGCUAGCCCUCCUAUGGCACGACGAUCACCUCAAAGCAAUAAGUCCAAUUCACCGGUUACCGAAGACUCAUUGGUUACGGUACGGAUGCGACCAGAUGGUUUGGGGAGAUUUGGAUUCAACGUAAAGGGCGGUGCCGACCAAAACUACCCAGUUAUCGUGUCGCGAGUCGCUCCAGGUAGUUCGGCCGAUAAGGCGCAUCCGCGAUUGAACGAAGGAGACCAGGUUUUGUUCAUAAACGGUCGCGAUGUGGCACCAAUGUCUCACGAUAUGGUGGUGGAUUUUAUUCGAAGCGCUCGUGUCGCGCCAAAUGGUGGUGAAUUGGUGCUGACCAUUAAACCGAAUGUGUACCGCCUCGGCGAAGAGGUGGAAGAACCCGAAGGUGCCAGCGUGCCGGAACCGCUGAGAGUGGCUGAAAGCGUGCCUCGAAGCGACAAACUCUCGCAUUCGCUUCGCCUUCUCAGCGAUGCGCUCACUUCCGGCCGAGUGGUCGCACAUUUUGAGCAGUUGUAUCGAAAGAAGCCCGGUAUGACAAUGAACGACUGCCGAUUACCUCAAAAUCUUAACAAAAAUAGGUACCGAGAUGUAUGUCCAUAUGAUGCUACAAGAGUGCACCUUAGUUCGUCAUCAACUGGCGACUAUAUUAAUGCUAAUUAUGUUAAUAUGGAAAUUCCUUCAUCGGGUAUAGUGAAUCGCUACAUAGCAUGCCAGGGACCUCUUGCUCACACCUCAGCUGACCAUUGGUUAAUGGUAUGGGAACAGCUGUGCACUCACAUCGUUAUGCUCACCACUACCAUUGAAAGAGGUCGAGCUAAAUGUCAUCAAUACUGGCCGAGAUUACAUGAAAGUCAUGAAUAUGGCCGUUUAUUGGUGACAUGUAUACGAGAUCAUGAGACGCCUAAUUGUACGUAUAGAGAAUUUUCUGUGAAGGAUAGAACGUCCAAAGAAGAGCGACGGGUGACGCAAAUGCAGUACACAGCAUGGCCGGAUCAUGGUGUUCCGGAUGAUCCGCAACAUUUCAUCGCCUUCGUUGACGAAGUCCGUCGUGCACGUGCUGGUAGUGUGGAUCCGAUCGUUGUGCACUGUUCUGCAGGAAUUGGUCGUACCGGUGUGCUGAUCCUAAUGGAAACAGCCGCAUGUCUUGUCGAAGCCAACGAACCUGUCUAUCCGCUGGACAUCGUACGGGUAAUGCGAGAUCAGCGAGCGAUGGCUAUUCAGACAGCGGGUCAGUACACGUUCGUAUGCGAGUCGAUUCUGCGUGCAUACAACGAAGGCAUUAUCAAACCACUAGCCGAAUACCAAAAACGGUAA